GGCGUGGCCUCGGCCUCUGAGGCGCCAUGGCGGAAGAGAUAGGCAGCGUCCUGAUCCAGGUACAAGAAGACCUGCAACAACUGAAGACGAAGCUGCGAGAGGUCAGCCACGAUUGGGAUGGAGCUCAGGUCUUCGAAAACGCAAUUGAAAGGACUGAGAGUGGGCUGAGGAAACAAGCUGAGAAGUAUUUAAGUGCCGUAAACAGAUCUGUGCUAACUAUUUCCGCAACUGAUGCUGAGCUACUGAGUCCAAGACACAUUUCCAGAUGGGGCAUUCCUUUGGAGACGUCUCAGACAGAGAUCACAUUAACAGAGAGACCGGCCAAUGCAGUUGCCAUCACCCGGCGUGGCCGGCUACCACUCCACAUGUCUACAGGAUCAAAGCACAAGCUUUCAAUGGCAUUGAGGGUUUUGUGCGACCCGCGAAAUCCCUGCCACCGAAGCGUCCUGAACGAGAACUAUGGGGUCUCUUUGCCAUGGAUUAAUCGAAGGAAGACAUCUCCAGCUCCAACUCAGAAAGUAGCCAAAGGAGUUACUGUUAGCAGUCUCCCAGUUGCCCCGGCCUCCUUCCACUUGAAUAAAGUGUGCUCCCUCUUGCCUGUCUCCGAAAUGGAUUCAGAGAAAGGCAUCUUGAGUCUAGUUGAAAGGGGCCUGAUCCCUCGUGCCGCUCGGAUUACUCUCGAGAAGCCUCCGGUUCUUCCCAGACCCGUUCCUCUUCAUGAAUUUCACACAAAGUAUCAAAGAAUGGGUGCCGAUAGAAGUGUGGACAGCAAGAAGGCGGGUGGGGCAGCUUAUUUGUCUGAAGACCCAGCCCGCACUUCCAGUUUUGCAAGCAAAGAUAGCAAAGAGAAGGGCAACAUUGCCCCACCUCCAUCCUGCAUCUCAGUCAUUCCUUUCAAGAAGUCCAGGGAGCGACUGGGACAGAUACCAAAGCAGGAGUCGUCCACUUCUUCUGCCUUGCUGCCAAAGGCCUCUGGGAUUACGCUGGCCAGGUCAUUCCACAAAGUAGUGUCGGAGUUUGACAUACCGGUCCACAAUGGGAUCCUAGACUACGCCUCUUCCGACCUCCAAGCGUUUAAACGGCACUGCUGCCUAUUCUGGGGAGAUAUCUUUUCCUUCCUGGAAAACGUGGCCAACCUCCUCAAGGAUUACGCCGUGCCCUAUGCGAUCAUCAAGGGACGGAAAGUGAUGGAGAUCGUCCCAGACUUUGAACUGAACCAGAGUCCAACCAGGGAGGACCUUCUCUCAGUAAUAAGGGAUGCCUUGGCCAUCAGAAAGCUCCUGGGCCGCCCUGGCCAGAGGUACAAGGGCCGAAAGGGACUUCAGGCGGCGGCCACCAAGAUCCAGGCCACAUGGAGAGGUCACAAGCUGCGGAAGGCCUACAUCCAGUUCCGGCAGCACCAGUGGGCCACCGGAGUGAUUGCCAUCCCAUGGCUCAUCCACAUUCACAUGCGCCGCGUCAGGAAGAUCCUGAAGGAAGCACGACAGAGGCACCUGGAGAAUUUCUACAUCAGGGGCAAGCAUCUGGCCGCCAACUGGAAUCGCAUCAGGACCUCUAGGAGGACCAUUAUCCACAUCCCAUCAUUAGGUUAUACACAAAUUGUGAGAGAGGCGACUCCUGAUUUUGCCAUCCAUCAGGGAUCUCAGAUUGGAAGGCUGUGUGAAAUACAAGAUCCUAAUGUGGACGUCAUCUACAUUUGCCCCUUUGAAAUGAGCGAGGAGAUGCAGGACUAUUACGACAGGCUCCUGGGACUACAGACGGCUGUUAAAUCCGGGAACCCCGAGGACAUUGCUGACCUGCGGGACAGGUUCAAGAUCCUCACCCCUGAAGCCAUCCACAGCUUCCCUGGCCGGCCCAUGUCCCUGGCCACCUUCCUCAAGUACAGUCCCAAGACCAUCCAGAGGAUCCGGCGUCUGAUCCAAGGCAAAGUGGCCUACUUGGUUGGAGGGCUCCUUGGUCAAGACGAUCUGGAAGUGGCUGACACCUUGGACCUCCCCGUUUUGGGUUCCAGCCCGGAAGUGUCCCGUCUCUACAGCUCCAAGUCCGGAAGCAAGAGGAUCUUCGAUGCCUCUAAGGUUCCGGUGCCACCAGGCCGGUACGACAUCUACAGCCGGCAACAGGUGGUUGAGUUCCUGAGCCAGCUGGUCAUCGACUACCCAGAGGUGAAGCGCUGGGUCUUCAAAGCAGACCACUACUUUGGCGGGAACGGGACAGCCUUCUGCGACGUCACGGCACACCUCCGGUGCUACCCUUGGGUCCUGAAGGAGAGGCAUCGCUAUGGCCCCGAGAUAUGGAAGAAGAGCUGGGCACACGAACCAGCUUUGGCGAAGAUCUCCCAGGAGCUGCCGGGCCUUUUAGCACAGCACGCCCGGGCUGUCAAUGAGAAACGAUUUCCUACAUGGGGGAAAUUCCUCCAAACGUUUGUGCGUCAAGGUGGAAUCAUCGAGGCCUUCCCGCCCUCGGACAGCAUCACCAACCUCACUGUGGAUAUGCUGAUAGAGCCAACGGGAGCGAUCACGAUGGUUUCCUGCGGGGACCAGUUCCAUGCCGAUGGCCCCUUCCGCUCCUCAGGAACCACCCUCCCACAGGCUUCAGUUGAGCCCCAAGUCCUGAAUGCGCUCUGCUUCCGGAUCGGAGAGGCCUGCCGGAACCGGGGAGUAGUGGGCUACUUCUCCAUCGACUUUGCCACCUUCAUCCACCCCAAAACCAUGGGGCAGCAGGUAUGGGCCAUAGACCUCGAUCUCCAUUACAGUGACAACCUGGCUUCAACUCAGCUCUUGCGUUAUGUCACGAAUGGGACGUUGGAUUGCAAUUUAAGCCGCUUCCAAGUGCGACUCGUUCCAAAGAAACCAAAAAGCCGGCAUGUCCAGAGAGAACCACCCGAAGCGGGCCCCAUUGUCAGCCGCUAUGCUGUCAUGAGCACUUCGAUCAGAAACGCCAACCUUUCCAUCAUCUAUUACAGCGUCUUCCUUCGGAUGUGCAAAGCGCAUGGGAUUGGAUAUGAACUUGAGCUAAGAGAAGGGAGCAUUUUUAUCCCCUUUGAAGACCGGAAGAGACACAGAUUUGGGAUGAUAACCGUUGGAGAGCAUCUCCGGGGGGUCCUCAUGACCUUUGCUCAGCAUCUCUUCAUCAUCUAUCAAGAAUUAUCAGCACCUAAUAUGCAUGCCGAGACCAAUUUUAAGGGGGCCGUCCAAGACGUGGAGAGCAUCCUGGGGGUCGCAGAGCAAAACAAGCUAAGGUUUGACAAGGAGGAGGAGGAGGCCACCAAGGCACUCGAGCCGGCAAAAUAGGAGGGUUUUAAAAGUUACCUUCCUUCACCCUGAUCCUCCUGCCUGGAGGGAAAUAAAUGAAUAUUGAUCUAUUCUUCUAAUAAAAUAAAAUA